AUGUUGACAACAGGCAUCUCAGGCAGCAUCCUACUCGUUCUCUCCAUUGUGGGACUGGUCGGACAUUGCCUAUAUAACAAAUAUGCUUACGGCAUCGCCAGCAUCCCAGGGCCAUUCUUCGCGGCCUACACGGAUAUCUGGAGAUUCGUCAUCGUAUGGCGACGUCGUCCCGAACGCACACACGUGAAGCUCCACGAGAAGUUGGGCCCGUUGGUGAGGUUGGGCCCCAAUUCGGUCUCGGUGUCAGACCCAGCAGCUAUUAAAACCAUAUACGGGCUGGCAUCGGGAUAUGUCAAGUCCUCCUUCUACACUGUCCAGCAGCAGGCCGUAUCACGAGAUGGCCACCUGUUGCAGGGCAUGUUCAACACCACCGACGAACAGUACCACGCCAAGCUCCGGCGAGCCGUGAACAACGCCUACGCAAUGAGUACCUUAGUACAGUUCGAGCCCAUGGUGGACUCGACCAGCACCGAGUUCCUCAAACAACUCGCUCGGCGCUAUGCCGACAAGCCCGACCACAUCUGUGAUCUAGGCGAGUGGCUGCAGCUUUACGCCUUUGAUGUAAUCGGAGAGCUCACUUUCUCCAAAAGGUUGGGAUUUGUCGAGCGUGGCGCAGAUGUAGACCACAUCAUCAGCGACUUAGAGAAAGCUUUGGGAUAUUUUGCAGUGAUCGGUCAAAUACCAUUUCUCGAUAAGCUCCUGAUGAAGAACCCGCUUCGAAUGUGCCUUAGCCGCUGGGGAGUCAUCAAUGCGACUUCUCCGGUGGCUGUUUUCGCCAAGAGUCGCAUGGCCAGUCGUCUCGGAGGGUUGGGUGAGGAAAAGAAUUCGGACGAAUCUUCCGCGAAAUCCAGCACCAGAAGACGGGACUUCUUAUCUCGCUUCCUGGAAGCCGGUGAGAAAGACCCAGCCUUCAUGACACCCGAACGGGUUCUGUCCUUGACUUCGGCCAACGUUUUCGCGGGUUCUGACACCACAGCAAUUACUCUCCGUGCCAUCUUCUAUUAUCUGCUCAAGAAUCCGAAGAAACUCGAAACCCUCCAGAUGGGCAUAGCCCAGGCGGAAACAAACGGGCUGUUCACUCGCGAGGACAAGCUCGUCCGUUGGACAGAGGCUAAUGCAAUCCCGUACCUGGGUGCCGUCAUCAAAGAAUCCCUUCGCAUCCACCCUGCCGCCGGGCUUCCGCUUGAGCGUGUAGUUCCCGAGGGUGGGGCGACCAUCAGCGGUCACUAUAUACCAGCGGGCACGAUUGUGGGUUGCAGUGCGUGGACGAUCCAUCGAGACCGUAAAAUCUUUGGUGACGACGUCGAUGCCUUCAGGCCGGAGCGUUGGCUUGAACAUCCCGUCAAGGCCGCAGAGAUGAACCAAGUCCUGUUCUCUUUUGGUGCAGGAGCACGAACUUGUGCUGGGAAAAACAUCAGUUACCUGGAAAUGUACAAAUUGGUGCCUGCAAUGCUCAGAACCUUCGAUCUCCAACUAGCCUAUCCCGAACGCGAGUGGCAUUUGGACAACAGAUGGUUCGUGAAACAGAGCGAAUUUUACGUCCGACUGACCACGAAAGGUAUCAUAAGAUGA